AUGCCUCUUGUCGUCCCCGGCAUCAACUCCAACGACUCCGGGUCAUCCACUGACUCCUGGAUGUCCAAGCUGAUGGGCAAGAAACUGUCGGACAACCAGACCAACGAAACCAGUUUCGCAAAGAAGGAUCUUCCGCAGAACCACCGCGUCGUCGAGGAAGGGGGGAUGAUGACCAUGGAUCAUAAUCCUGAUCGGCUUAAUAUCCAUGUUGAUAAGGAUGGGACUGUGAAGAAGGUUACUCAUGGAUAA